GUAAGUCAGCUGCUAUCGCGCAUACGCGUGUGGUGAACUUUCGGAUAUUCAAGUUAUAUAUGCGUGUGUUUAUAAAUAGUUAGUAUGUACAUAUAGUUAGGAAACAGUGUAUUUUGUAUUAGAUCAAAAUCAUUUUUAAUCAUUGUUUGGGAGAUAAUAAAUACUUUCUGGAAUGUAUUCGAUAGUUAAUAAAACUGAAAAUGCUCAUGAAGAUAGCAUUUGGACCUGUGCUUGGGGCUGUUUAAAGAAGAAAAAGGAAUUACAGCAGGAUAAUGAAGAUUCACGUGAAUCGAUGCAGUUUAAUGGGAAUGAGACAGUCGAAUAUUUAGUAACCGGUUCAGUCGAUGAUGUCGUCAAAGUUUGGGAACAAAAAGACAAAAGUUUACAACUAAAAUAUAAAUUAACUGGUCACUCGCUUGGUGUGGUAUCUGUUGCAGUUAAUUCAGAUGGUUCAAAAUGUGCAUCAAGUUCACUAGACUCAAGUUUAAAACUAUGGAAUUUGCAAACAGGAGAGAAAAUAUCAAGCAUUGAAGUAGGUCCUGUAGAUAUUUGGACAGUGGUAUUUUCUCCAGAUGAUAAAUUCAUUGUAUCUGGUAGUCAUUCAGGUAAAAUACAUUUAUAUGGAACAGACAGUGGCAAACAAGAACAAACUUUAGAUACCAGAGGUGGAAAAUUUAUAUUGAGCGUUGCCUAUAGCCCUGAUGGUAAAUACAUUGCUAGUGGCGCAAUUGAUGGGAUUAUCAAUAUCUUUGAUGUUACAUAUGGAAAAGUUUUACGUACAUUGGAAGGUCAUGCAAUGCCUAUCAGGUCUCUUUGUUUUUCACCAGAUUCUCAAUUACUUCUUACCGCAUCAGAUGAUGGACAUAUGAAACUGUAUGACGUAAAAGAUGCUAAUUUAGCAGGAACUAUGUCUGGUCAUGCCUCAUGGGUACUUGGUGUUGCUUUUGCUCCAAAUGGUCAACAGUUUGCAUCUAGUAGUUCAGAUCAUACAGUUAAAGUAUGGGAACUAGCCCAAAGACAAUGCUUACAUACAUUUAAUGAACACAAUGAUCAGGUAUGGGCUGUAAAGUACAAUCCACAAAGAAAUAACAUGAUUGCAUCAGUAUCUGAAGAUAAAUCCAUUAAUCUUUAUGAAUGUCCAUUAUAUGACAAAUAAAUUUUUGUAUAAAUAUGAAUAACUGUAUAUUACUUUAUGUAUAUUACA